GGAUUAUUUUGGUAAGCCCUCCUCCGACCCGCUAAACAAGGUGAAGACUUUCCUGAGAGUCCCUACGGCGCGGCCCCGCAGCCUUAUGGGAGAUGUAGUCCCGAAGUUCGAUGGCCCACCCCUCGGCAGACCCUGGGACCGCGAACAACCCUGCAUCUGCGCAUGUGCGAUGCAGCGAGCGCGCCGGUAGCCGCCCUUCCCCCACCUCCAGCCGCGAGUGGGUGACAGGGCCCCGGUCUCCGCGUCUUAGCCGCCCUGCGCCCUGACCCGGCCUGGCACUGAGCCACGAGCGGAGACUGUGCUCCUCCAGUUCUUCCUUCAUAGUUCUCUGCCCAAAAGCUGCAGAAAAUGAGCAAAUCCGAGAAUGAAUAGCAAUAUGCCAUUUCAGGGAUCAGUUUCAUUCACGGAUGUGACUGUGGACUUCACCCAGGAGGAAUGGGAGCAACUGGACCCCUCUCAGAGGAUCCUCUACAUGGAUGUGAUGCUGGAGAAUUAUAGCAACUUACUUUCAGUGGAGGUAUGGAAGGCUGAUGACCAGAUGGAGAAGGACCACAGAAACCCAGAUGAGCAGGCAAGGCCAUUUAUAAUCUUUAAGAACCAAACCCCAAUUGAAGAAAGAGAUCAUCAUCUCUUUGGCAAAACGUUUAAUCUUAGCACAGACUUUGUUUCUUUAAGACAAGUACCGUAUAAAUACGACUUAUAUGAAAAAACUUUGAGAUACAAUUCAGACUUACUUAAUAGCAAUAGAAGCUAUCUACGAAAGAAAGCUGACGACUGUAAUGGAUUUGGCAAAGCCCUCCUCUAUGUGAAGCAGGAGAAACCCCAUACUGGAAUGGACUACCCUGAAUAUAGUAAAAGUGGAAAAGCCUUCAGCCAUAAAGAAGCCAUUUUUAAACACCAGAAAAUUAGAAAUUUGGUACAACCUUUUAUCUGUAAUUAUUGUGACAAGGCUUUCUCAUUUAAAUCACUCCUCAUUAGUCAUAAGAGAAUACAUACUGGAGAAAAACCUUAUGAAUGUAAUGUGUGCAAGAAAACCUUCUCCCAUAAGGCGAACCUCAUUAAGCAUCAGAGAAUUCAUACUGGGGAGAAACCCUUUGAAUGUCUUGAAUGUGGAAAAGCUUUCACCCACCAGUCAAACCUCAUUGUACACCAGAGAGCACAUAUGGAAAAGAAGCCCUACGAAUGCAGUGAGUGUGGCAAGACAUUUGCCCAGAAGUUUGAACUUACUACACACCAGAGAAUUCAUACUGGAGAACGACCCUAUGAGUGUAACGAAUGUGCAAAAACGUUCUUUAAGAAAUCAAACCUCAUUAUACACCAGAAAAUUCACACAGGGGAGAAACGCUAUGAGUGCAGUGAAUGUGGAAAAUCCUUUAUCCAGAACUCACAGCUUAUUAUACACAUGAGAACUCAUACAGGAGAGAAACCCUAUGAAUGUACUGAAUGCGGCAAAACCUUCAGCCAGAGGUCAACCCUGAGAUUACAUUUGCGAAUCCAUACAGGCGAGAAACCGUAUGAGUGUUCUGAAUGUGGGAAAGCCUUCAGCAGGAAGUCUCGACUCAGUGUCCAUCAGAGAGUUCAUACGGGGGAUAAACCCUGAGACUGCAGCCAGCUUGUACUGGGGAGAGCCCAUGUGGAGGUGCUGUAGGAACGUGGGCGCUCAUACAGAGAUAUAAUCUAUCAGCUCAGAAAUGCGCAAAAAUGGAGUCUUCUGAGAGCAAUGUUGUACUGCAAGUUAGAUGAGAAACCCAGCUAAAUAAUACAUAUCAGCAUAUCUCCAGCUGUAAAUAAACAAACUUACCUGUAUUACAGUGAGCUUUUAAAAAUCGGGAAUGAAUUCUCCCAUCAUGACAUAUUCCGGGCAGCAGUGUACGGAAUCUAGAGACAGGACACUAGGAAGUCGGUGGUUAUGUGCGGGAGCAUGCCACCACACACACUGCAGUCUGCACGUGUAAAUUUAACUCCGGCACCGGGAGUUUGAAAUUCUUGUCCUGAUAGUCAGGACGCAUCAAGAUUUUCCAUACUGAACAUCACAUGUGUUUCAUUAUCUUCACAACCCAGGAUGCAUUCCAAAUGAAGUAUCUAACAGGUUUUAGUAGCAUAUAGCCUCUGUGUUCUCUCCUCCUGCUUGCUGGCAUGUAGAAGUUGGUAUGACCAUGGUUAACUGAGCUACCUCCUCAGUCAACAGAAGACCGUACUGGUGAAGUUGGAACCUUCCGGGUUUGCCGAAGAUUUCUUACAAGUCUCACUGACAUAAAUAUGCAAGUGUGAGGUGAUUAAGAGAAAUUGGAGAGGGUGGAAGGAGGCAGAGGUGGCUUCUGUCACUCAGUGUGCACCACAGAAUAAACGGGCUGUGUAAAGAAUAGCCAUACCACUGUGCUGUCUCUAUCUUUCAGUGGGGUGUUUACAGACAGAUGCAUGUCUUUUUACCAAAAUAUUGUAUAACCCAGAAACGACUUGUAUUUUUGUGUGUUUCCGUAUUUCUCUUAAUAUUUUAUAAAUUGUCUUGCAAAAAAUAGAAUGCGUGUGUAGUUCACAAAUGUUACAUUUCAGAGACUGUAGGGAAAAAGUAAUUUAUUUUAAGAAAUUGUCAAUAAAUGUCUUACUGCUUUUUAAAAUUUCCACGUGCAUAGUCCACUUCAGAAAUUUUUUUUUUUUUUUUUUUUUUUUGUCUUUUUGCCUUUUUUAGGGCCCCUUCCUGCGGCAUAUGGAGCUUCCCAGUCUAGGGGUCCAAUCAGAGCCGUAGCCACCGGCCUAUGCCAGAGCCAGAGCAACGGGGAUCCGAGCUGCGUCUGCAACCUACACCACAGCUCACGGCAACGCCGGAUCCUCAACCCACUGAGCAAGGCCAGGGACCGAACCCACAACCCCAUGGUUCCUAGUCGGACUCGCCAACCACUGUGCCACGACGGGAACUCCCAGAAAUAAAUUUUUGCAAUAGUCUGUUUAUAGGAGGCAUUUCUGGAGCUCCUGCUGUGGCACAGCAGGAUUGACAGCUCUUGGGAGUGUUGGGAUAUGGAUUCGAUCCCCGGUCCAGCACUUUGGGUUAAGGAUCCAGCCUUGCCGCAUCCUCGGCUUAGCUGAAGACUGUGGCUUGGAUCUGAUCCCUGGCCUGGGAGUUCCAUAUGCCGCAGGGCAGCCAAAAAUGGGGGGAAAGAAAUCCUACUUCAAUGAGUUUGACUGCUGUCAACCAAAAGCAUUUUUCUUUAGGACCUAACUUGGUAUAUAAGUCAUGUCUUUGCUUUAAAGGCUCACAAACAUUUGAAAAGUUAGACUUUUCAGUGAUCGCUCCUUAUGUAGUUGUUUAAUGAUUAACCUAAAUUUUUUUUGCUUUUUGCCUAACUCAGAUAUACCAUUUUAGGGUUGAUUUCAGAUUUACAAUUCCUUUUUUUAUCAAUCACAAAUCAUGCGUUAGAAUUGUAAAUGGUAACCAAAACUGGCUUUUUUCUUGCACUUAUUUUUGAAGAUUAUUGAUAUGCUGUGACUGUAUAAGAACAUGAUUUUCUAAACAAAAUUAUCAGAAUAUCUGUAGUCUAGUAAGUCUUUGUCAUUCUAAAUUGUCAUCUACUAAUAGCAAGGAAGCAGGAGAGAGGUUAAGUUCUUUCAGUGCUGUUAGAAAUAUAAAUUGUAACAACCUCCUUGGAAAUCAUCUUAACACUGUUUUUUAACAUUAAGAAUGUACACAGUUGACUCUGGGACAACACAGGUUUGAACUGCACAGGUCCACUUAUACACGGAUCUUUCUCAGCAAAUACAUCCUACAAGACUACACCAUCCCCACUGGUUGACUCUGUAGAUGCAGAACCUCAGAUUCAGAGCACUGGCCUAAGUUACACUCGGGUUUUCAACUGCACAGAGGGUCAGUGCUCCUGACGUUGUGCUGUUCAGGGGCCAACGACUCUUGAACCCAGCAGACUCCCUUCUGAAAAUUUAUCCCUAAGAAAAAAAGUGCCAGUACCCAAGAUGAUAUGUUUGUCAAGGUAUACUGUAUUUUUUGGUAAGGACAAAAAAAGGAAACUGACUGACCAUCAGUAAGGGAAUGAUUGAAUCAACUGUGGUGAAGAUAUGCCAUGGCUGGAUGGUAUUCCAUGAGCAAGGGUGUGGAGGGGCAAAUGCCACCAGGUCAGAUUGGGGGGGAGUGGACGGAGGGAGCGGCAGAAAGAGAGAGGGAAAAACUUGUGUGUAUAUUGUGUAUUUAUAUAUGACUCUAUGGGCCUGGAGGAUAGCAAUUCUCUAAAGUCAAAAGAUACAAUUAACAUUACUUUCAAUGUAAAAUUAUUCACGCAUUCCUUAGUCUCUAAGUUAAUACUUGUUCAUACUAGAAUACCACCAUGACCCAUUAAAAUGGACACGGUUAGUUAACUUAUGAACCUUAGUUAACAUAGCACAAUACAAGGCAGUUCUCUUACUGUGUACAACGGCCAGCUGCUGUGCUCCAGCUCCACCCUUCACGGCUGGUGUACACCUGUGCCUGUGUUCUCAAUAAAAGCAAUAUUUGACAUUCAU